AUGACGCCAGACGACGCCACGUGGAUUCUAACAGCUUCUUUCGUCAUUUUCACUAUGCAAACAGGAUUUGGACUCCUGGAGUCGGGAGCUGUAACUAAGAAAAACGAAGUGAACAUCAUGAUGAAAAAUGCUGCUGACGUCAUCCUAGGAGGAAUAACGUACUGGAUGUUUGGAUACGGUUUUCAGUACGGAUCCAGUCCAGGAACGAAUCCGUUUAUUGGAGUAGGGUCGUUCUUUUUGGAUUCCAAUCAAGACGAAAUGGGAAUCGUUUUUGCUACGUUUAUUUUUCAGCUUUCUUUUGCUACGACUGCUACUACAAUCGCAUCGGGUGCUAUGGCUGAACGGACGGACUUUAACGCCUAUUGUAUCUUCUCUCUUGUGAAUACCCUCACAUACUGCAUCCCAGCAGGCUGGCUCUGGGGUGGCCAUGGUUUCCUUAAGAAUCUCGGCGCCAUCGACUUUGCUGGUUCUUCCGGCGUGCAUCUACUAGGAGGUUGUGCUGCUUUUGUAGCAACAGUGGUAUUGAAACCUCGUCUUCGACGUUAUGAUAAUGGAACUGCCCCUCUUCCGAUGGGAAACCCAAUCAAUGCCCUAGUUGGGACUUUUACCUUGUGGUGGGGUUGGUUAGUCUUCAACUGUGGGAGUACAUUUGGAAUUACGAACGACAAGUGGCAUUAUGCUGGACGGGCGGCGAUAACGACGAUAAACGCAUCCCUAGGGGCUGGAUUGUGUGGUAUCUUGUUUACGUAUUUUAAAAACCGGAAGUUUGAAAUUGGAGAUAUUAUUAAUUCGAUUCUUGGUGGAUUAGUAAGCAUCACAGCUGGUUGCGCUUUCUUCCGUCCUGGAGAAUCCAUCUUCAUUGGGGCAGUCGGAGGAUUGUUCGUCAUCAGUAUCCAACCGAUGUUUGACAAAAUCAAAGUCGAUGACCCCGUGGGAGCCAUCGCCGUUCACGGGGGUGGUGGUUUGUGGGGCAUGGUAGCUGUAGGGCUGUUCAUCGAGUCUGAUCCCUUACUGUAUCUGAGUAGAGGAAGAAAAGGUCUUUUCAAGGGCGGUGGGUUAUACCUCCUGGGUGUACAGCUACUAUCCUGCCUGUCUAUCGGUGUCUGGAGUGUCACUACAACAUUUUUGAUGUUAAAGGGAAUUAAUAUUUUUCGAUGUAUCCGAAUGUCGCCCGUAGAAGAGGUCUUGGGAGCAGACUACAUUGAACACAACAUACGUCACGACUGCUUCCAUUACGAAGACAUGAUGGAAGACUUAGAGAGAAAGGGGCAUCACAUACCAAAAAGAACCGACCGGGUCCCACCUCGAGAAGAGUGGGAUAGAUAUCUUGUAGAGAAAUAUAUACACGGCGCUGCAAACACGACGACCCAAGAACCAAAAACGAAACCGCCAGAACUCGACAAGUUAUUGGACAUCCUUUCGACUGCAAAGUUUCGCCAAGAACCUAAUCACCCAAGAGAAAACUGUACCAUUUUGUGA